AUUUCGGUUCAAAGCACGCACACGUUCUUGGAGAUACCUUUUGGAGAAGCGGACGGAAGACUUUCGCUCUGACUGCAAACGUUUUAGUGAACUUACAGCUGUUUGUUUCGAGACAAACGGCUGCAGAGAAAAUCGAGGUUAUAAUUCAUUCGCUCAGAGACACAUGCGUAAAAAUACCUGCUCUCAAGACGUCUUUACGCAGUUGACAGCCACUUCGCAGGAGCAAAGUACUGAGUUUACUCUAACUUUUUGCAUACUUUUGUUGAAUUGAAAAAAAUCCGGGAAGCCUAUUUUUCACGCGUGCAAAAUACUUCUUGAGGAUUCUGCCUCAAGAACUUGACCCCUUUUCACUUGUAAUUGUUCAACUAAAGUUUUCGCAUGAAUCUACUCGACCCAUACCUGAAAAUGACAGAGGAACAAGACAAAUGUCUCUCUGACGUCCCGAGUCCGAGCAUGUCCGAGGACUCUGCCGGAUCUCCCUGCCCGUCCGGUUCUGGCUCCGAUACUGAGAACACUAGACCGUCAGAAAACGGCUUGCUGGGUCCGGACAGCCACCUUGGCGAGUUCAAGAAGGACGAGGAGGACAAAUUCCCGGUGUGCAUACGCGAGGCGGUGUCCCAGGUGCUGAAGGGUUACGACUGGACUCUCGUGCCCAUGCCAGUCCGCGUAAACGGAUCUAAUAAAAACAAGCCCCACGUGAAGAGACCGAUGAACGCGUUUAUGGUUUGGGCACAAGCAGCGCGGAGGAAGUUGGCGGAUCAGUACCCACAUCUCCACAACGCGGAGCUGAGCAAGACCCUGGGGAAACUCUGGAGACUACUCAACGAGGGAGAAAAGCGUCCGUUCGUGGAAGAGGCGGAGCGCCUGCGGGUUCAGCACAAGAAAGACCAUCCGGACUACAAGUACCAGCCCCGGCGAAGAAAGUCGGUAAAAAACGGUCAGGGCGAGUCGGAGGACGGUUGCGAGCAGACUCACAUAUCGCCCAACGCCAUCUUCAAAGCCCUCCAGCAGGCUGACUCCCCCGCCUCAAGCAUGGGAGAGGUGCACUCCCCUGGCGAACACUCAGGGUCCCAGGGCCCCCCCACCCCUCCCACCACCCCGAAGACCGACAUCCAGACGGGCAAGCUGGACCUGAAACGUGAGGGACGCCCGUUACCUGACAGCACCGGCCGCCAGCUCAACAUCGACUUCCGGGACGUGGACAUCGGCGAGCUGAGCAGCGACGUCAUCUCCCACAUCGAGACGUUUGACGUCAACGAGUUCGACCAGUACCUCCCCCCCAAUGGCCACCCGGGGGGGCUGGUCUCCUACACGGGCGGCUACGGCCUCGGCGGUGCCGCGGUCAGCCAGCCGACAGGGGGCGCCGCCUCCUGGCUGGCGAAGAGCCAGGGCCAGGGCCAGCAGAGCCAGCUCUCCCUGACCACCCUGGGGAGCAGCAGCGGGGACCAGGGCGCCCCGACCCAGAGGCCCCCCAGCACCAGCGGCAGCACCCCCACACACAUCAAGACGGAGCAGCUUAGCCCCAGCCACUACAGCGAGCAGCAGCAAUGCUCCCCCCAGCACGCGGCCUACGGCUCCUUCAGCCUGCAGCACUACAGCUCCGCCUCCUCCCCCUACCCCUCCAUCACCCGGGCGCAGUACGAGUACUCCGACCACCAGGGCGGCGCCACCUCCUACUACAGCCACGCAGCCGGCCAGGGCUCUGGGCUGUACUCCACCUUCAGCUACAUGAGUCCCAGCCAGAGGCCCAUGUACACCCCCAUCGCUGACCCCACAGGGGUCCCCUCCAUCCCCCAGAACAGCCCACAGCAAUGGGACCAGCAGCCGGUGUACACACAGCUGACCAGGCCUUAAAGGGGACUGGACACACACACACACACAGCCAGAGUGACACUGCAGAAGGAGACUAAUAUCAUAUCAUCCCGUCAUCCUUCUCCCUAUAGGAACAGACACUUGAAUUCACAUCAGAGGAGGAGAGGACUCAGAGCUGGACUUGAACCACCUGAAAUGAGAUCCGAUUGGCUCACGCCGUGCCUUUUAUAUUGCGUAAUGAGGAAAUUUAUAUAUUUGUAGAGAGAAGAGAACAGUCCUCUGUGAGGACGUAUCGAUUGUUGAUAUUUUUGUAGGUACUGUGUAUGUUUUUCUCUGUUAUUUUGUUGGGGGGGAGGGAGAGGGCUUGCCAUGGAUUUGUAGUUAACUAAGCCUUAUAUAUGUUCUGUCUCCAUUGCAGCAACUGAACACUCAAGCAGUGUAGCAGUUUAGGGCUUCAACUCUUUGGUGGAAUUGUGUACAGACAGUACAGUUAGUUUGAAUUGCCUUUGCUUUUGCAUUCAUGUAGUUGCAUUUGGUGCCAUUUCAAGCUUAGUUGCUUCUGUAUUCGUGCCGCAAAAGAGUGUUUAUUAAGGUGAUUACAGAUGAUGUACAGGGUCAGGUUGUGAAGGAACAGACGUUUGAGCUCAGAUUUGUGUUUCUAAGAUUUCAGCCUUUUGCACCAUCCGUGCCUAGCAUGUCCGAGGACUGGUGAAAUGGGAUGUUUGUGUGUGUGUGUGUGUGUAGUCCACAUCUGAAAUUAUACUUACCGUCUGACAGCAUGUGUUUGACAGAAACAGGAAAUCACCUUUGACCCUCGGGUGUCCCCCUUCAGUCUGCCUCCAUACUGGGGUCAAUUUACACACACACACACACACGUCCUUUACCAGUCCCCCCACCCCUCCUUUCCCCAACCUAUACUUAACCUUUUAAUUUAUUUAUUAGCUUUUAUUUUAAAGUAAUUAAAGUAUUCAUUUUAUUCUUUGAAACAUUAUAUAAUUAAUUAGUGUCCCUUACAAAGUUACCUUGGAUAUAAAAUGUCUUUAAUAAACCGGUAUUCUAGCCGAGGGGGGUACGUAAAAUUUUUACAAACUGUUCUCUUCUUGUUUAUUUAUCUAUGUAAAUGUCUUUAUUUUGAAUGUUUAUUUGUCUUUUAUUUGCUAUUUAGUUAAUGGAUUACUGUUAUUUGUGAGUUUCUUACCUUGGAGUUCAGAACUAUGCCGUAAGAACUGGAAAAGUUGUUUUUUCGCAUUGAGUUUGAGUACUUUUUAUGUUACGCUGUUAGCUACAAUAUUUGUGUUAUUCACGGUACCAAUAUCACUUUCUGAUCUGUAUUUUCUAUGGCCCAUUUUCUUCUUCUAGUCUAACAUGUUUUUGUUCUGUUUUAAAAGAAGUGUAUCUUUUGUAUUGUCUUUGCAAUAAAAGAGAAAGUACUCUAA